AGAAGACCAUGGCAAGCACACAGUCCGCUGUAACGUUUGCAGUGUGCAUCCUCGUGAUAACAGAACUCAUACUGGCUAAGAAGGACUACUAUGACAUACUGGGUGUGCCAAAGGAUGCCUCUGAGAGACAGAUAAAAAAGGCUUUCCACAAGCUUGCUAUGAAAUAUCACCCGGAUAAAAACAAGAGCCCAGAUGCGGAGGCAAAAUUCAGGGAAAUUGCAGAAGCUUAUGAAACAUUAUCAGAUGACUCCAAAAGAAGGGAAUACGACCAGUUUGGCUCUGCAUACUUCUUUGGAGAAUCCCAAAGUCGGCAAAGAUCAAACUCGCAUCAACCUUUCAGCUUUAACUUCGAUGACAUGUUCAAGGACUUUGACAUCUACAGCCAGAACAGACAUGCCCGUCACAGAAGACAUUUUGAUGAGCACUCCCGCUUCCAUAAAGAGAGUCACAGUAGGCACAAGAGACAUUUUCAAGGAGGUUUUGGAGGAGGUGUAUUUGAUGAUGUGUUUGAGGACAUGGAGAAGAUGUUCACAUUUGAAAGACAUAAUAAGCAAACUGAAAACCAAUUUCAUGGAUCAUCAAAACAGCAUUGUAGAACAGUGACACAGCGAAGAGGAAAUAUGAGCAGUGGAAAGAGCUCUGUUUUGGAGAGCCUGGUUGGGAGGGACAUACUACCCCGAGGCACUGGUAUUGUCACACGGCGACCCCUCAUUCUGCAACUAGUCCACAUUGACUCAGAUGACCGUAGAAAAACGAGUGAAGAAAAUGGUAUUGAUGGGGAAGAAUGGGGCAAAUUUCUACACACUAAGAAUAAGAUCUACACAAACUUUGAUGAAAUUCGACAUGAAAUUGAAGCAGAAACAGAGAGAGUAUCUGGAAUUAACAAGGGCAUUAGUGAUGAACCCAUUCACUUGAAAAUCUUCUCACCACACGUUGUGAACCUCACAUUAGUGGACCUGCCUGGUAUUACUAAGGUUCCAGUGGGAGACCAGCCCAAAGACAUUGAGAUUCAGAUCAAAGAUUUAAUCUUCAAAUAUAUUUCCAACCCAAACUCUAUCAUUUUAGCAGUGACUGCAGCCAACACAGACAUGGCAACAUCUGAGUCCUUAAAAGUGGCCCGAGAGGUGGACCCUGAUGGCAGAAGGACAUUAGCUGUGGUCACAAAGUUGGAUUUGAUGGAUGCAGGGACAGAUGCCAUGGAUGUCUUGAUGGGCCGUGUCAUCCCUGUCAAACUUGGAAUCAUUGGAGUAGUCAAUAGGAGUCAGCUGGAUAUCAAUCAAAAAAAGGCAGUAGCAGAUUCAAUCCGUGAUGAAUAUGCCUUUCUACAAAAGAAGUACCCAUCCCUUGCAAACAGAAAUGGGACCAAAUAUCUGGCUCGCACAUUGAACAGAUUACUCAUGCACCACAUCCGAGACUGCCUUCCUGAGCUGAAGGCCAGGAUCAAUGUUUUGGCAGCUCAGUACCAGUCCUUGCUAAAUGGCUAUGGUGAACCUGUAGAAGACAAGAGCGCCACACUGCUGCAGCUCAUUACAAAGUUUGCUGCAGAGUACUGCCAUACAAUAGAGGGCACGGCCAAGUACAUUGAAACUGCUGAACUAUGUGGUGGAGCAAGAAUCUGUUACAUUUUCCACGAGACAUUUGGUCGAACACUAGAGUCUGUGGAUCCUCUGGGCGGUUUAACCACAAUUGAUGUACUCACAGCAAUCAGAAAUGCAACUGGCCCAAGACCUGCUCUGUUUGUGCCUGAAGUCUCAUUCGAGCUACUUGUGAAGAGGCAGAUCAAGCGCCUGGAGGAGCCCAGUCUGCGCUGUGUGGAGCUGGUGCAUGAGGAGAUGCAGAGGAUCAUACAGCACUGCAGCAACUACAGCACACAGGAGUUGCUGAGGUUUCCAAAGCUCCAUGAUGCCAUUGUAGAGGUGGUCACAUCACUCCUUAGGAAGAGACUACCUGUCACCAAUGAAAUGGUUCAUAACUUGGUUGGUAUUGAGUUGGCGUACAUCAACACCAAACAUCCAGAUUUUGCUGAUGCUUGUGGACUCAUGAAUAAUAAUAUUGAAGAACAAAGACGUAACAGAAUGAGAGAACUGCCUUCUGCUGUGCCCAGAGAUAAGUCUCUUAAAAGCCCUGGUGGGCAGUCUGUCUCUCCCACUGAGCCUUCUGACAGUGAGGCCUACAAGGCAGCCACCAGCAGUUCUCAGAGCAGCUCUGUGAGUGAGCAGAGUGAUGGUAGCUCAGGCAGCUGGAGGGGGAUGUUAAAGAGAGAAGAGGGAACUACUGCUCCACUUCCAGCAAGUUCACAGAAGGGCCAUGCUGUCAAUCUGCUAGAUGUGCCUGUUCCUGUAUCCAGAAAACUGUCUGCCCGAGAACAACGAGACUGUGAAGUGAUUGAGCGCCUCAUAAAGUCAUACUUCCUUAUUGUGCGCAAAAACAUUCAGGACAGUGUCCCAAAGGCGGUGAUGCACUUCCUGGUGAACCACGUGAAGGACUGUCUGCAGAGUGAGCUGGUGGGACAGCUGUACAAAACAUCUCUGCUCACAGACCUGCUCACAGAGUCUGAGGACAUGGCUCAGAGACGCAGUGAGGCCGCAGACAUGCUAAAGGCUUUGCAGAAAGCCAGCCAGGUGAUUGCAGAGAUCAGAGAAACACAUCUUUGGUGAGGCUGGAGUUGUUAAUUUAGCGCCACAACAAAUGGACAUACAAUAUUACAGACAGACCAUCAUUACCUACCUGCUGUGCCCAAAACUUGGAAAUCACAAUGCAGAAACCUCCAAUGCACUGCUGUCAACAAUGUAUUAUAAUGUAGUUUUAAUGUACAGUAAACACCAGCUGUCAAUUCCCUUGCAAUUGUACAUUUUUAGAAGCAAUAAUUACAUAAUGCAAUAACUAGAUAAUGUUAUUCAUAACUACAUGAAGCUAUGCUGGAUUAUGUUUUUAUUGUACAUUUAAAUAAAGUAAGAAAAAACAGGAUCUUUUUAAUUAAUAUUUUAUGCAGUCUGAAUAAUAUUAAAUCUAAUAUCGAAUUGGAAGUUAUUAUGUAGUUUAAAUGUAAACUUGUGAUUAAAAACGACCGUACUAUUUUACACAUUUGCACAUACAUUGAGACUUUAUUAAUAUGCACUACAUAAGAUAGACAUGAUUUUUACUGAGAUCAGACUUGUUACUGUAGAUGCACACAAACAUGGAGAAACAUAGUGUAACGUAAAAUCUAAGUGCUUUUGUUAGAUUCUGCCACAUUUUGUCCAAUUUUUCACCGCAAACGGCCACUCAUCUUCCCCUUAACACGACCUUUGGCACUGUAAGAAAACACCGUAGAAAUUCAACAACAACAAUUAUAAAUACAGUAAUUUAGCAGUGUGUGUUUACUUACGACUGAUGAUCAUGGACGCGUGCCAGUAACAGGUUGAUCUGCAAAAACAUUUAAGAAGGAACCUCAGUUGGUUUAUAAAAAAGUAAUUCUUUAUAGCCAACUCCUUACAUCAUAU